AGCCAAAAUUUAAGACUACAGUGAAUAUAAGGGAAUUUACUGGUGAGAGAGCUGUAGACCAACUUAACAUUGAACCCAUUCCUUUUCCAAGAUCGGAAAAAUAGUAACAGGAACCAUUUCCCCAUAUCAUUCAGCGUUGACGUUAUAAACCACAGACGAAUUGGAGCCUCACACUGAAAGGAGGAAAACUUUUGUUUCGUACAAGAAAGGUUCUGAAAAAUGACAGGGACAAAGAGGAAAAAGAAGAGUGUGCUCUGGAGCAGGAUGAAGAACCCCCAUUGUGAAGACUUGGAACAGUGGGGCAGAAGGAGGCUACCUGUUUUGGAAUGGGCACUACAUUACAAUCUGAAAGAAGACUUGCCCCCAGACACUGUGUCUGGGAUAAUGUUGGCAGUUCAACAGGUAACACAAGGGUUGGCCUUUGCUAUUCUCUCAUCUGUGCACCCAGUGUUCGGUUUAUAUGGGUCUUUGUUUCCUGUCAUCACUUACGCCAUAUUUGGAAUGGGACGUCAUGUUGCCACAGGCACUUUUGCCUUGACAUCCUUAAUAUCAGCCAAUGCAGUGGAGCGUCUUGUCCCUCCGAGUAGCCAGAACCUAACUGCACAGAGUAACACAAGCAUGCUGGGCUUAUCUGACUUUGAGAUGCAAAGGAUCGGUGUUGCUGCAGCUGUUUCCUUCUUGGGUGGUGUGAUUCAGGUGGCCAUGUGUGUGGUACAACUGGGCAGGGCUACGUUCCUGCUGACGGAGCCUGUGAUCAGCGCCAUGACAACCGGGGCUGCCACACAUGUCGUGACUUCCCAAGUGAAGUAUUUCUUGGGGAUGAAAAUGCCCUAUAUAUCUGGACCCCUUGGAUUCUUUUAUAUAUACAUAUAUGUCUUUGAAAACAUCCAGUCUGUUCAACUGGAAGCACUGCUCUUAUCCUUGGUGAGCAUUGUGGUACUUGUUCUGGUCAAAGAGUUGAAUGAACGGUUUAAAAGGAAAAUUAAAGUUAUUCUUCCUGUUGAUUUAGUUUUGAUUAUUGCUGCAUCAUUUGCUUGUUAUUAUACCAAUAUGGAAAACACAUAUGGAUUAAAAGUAGUUGGUCACAUUCCAAAAGGAAUUCCUUCCCCUCACGCUCCCCCAAUGAACAUCCUCUCUGCAGUGAUCACUGAGGCGUUCGGAGUGGCACUUGUAGGCUAUGCGGCCUCACUGGCUCUUGCUCAAGGAUCUGCCAAAAAGUUCAAAUAUGCAGUUGAUGACAACCAGGAACUUUUGGCUCAUGGCCUCAGCAACGUGAUUUCUUCCUUCUUCUUCUGCAUACCGAGCGCCGCCGCCAUGGGAAGGACCGCUGGCCUCUACAGCACAGGAGCAAAGACACAGGUGGCUUGUCUAAUAUCUUGCAUUUUUGUCCUGAUAGUCAUUUAUGCCCUAGGACCUUUGCUUUACUGGCUGCCAAUGUGUGUUCUUGCAAGUAUUAUUGUUGUAGGACUGAAGGGAAUGCUCAUACAGUUUCGGGAUUUAAAAAAAUACUGGAAUGUGGAUAAAAUCGAUUGGGGCAUAUGGGUCAGCACAUAUGUAUUUACAAUAUGUUUUGCUGCCAACGUGGGGCUGUUGUUUGGUGUUGUCUGUACUGUAGCUAUUGUGAUUGGUCGCUUGUCAAGAGCAAAGACUCUGACUAUAAAAAACAUGAAAGAAAUGGAAUUUAAAGUGAAGACAGAAAUGGAUGGCGAAACCCUGCAACAGGUGAAAAUUAUCUCAAUAAACCAACCACUUGUUUUUCUGAAUGCAAAGAAGUUUCAUACUGAUCUGAUGAAUAUACUCCAAAAAGAAAAUGCCAGCAGUCAGCCACUUGAUGAUACCAGCAAGUGUGAACGAAACACAUUGCUCAUUUCUUUAUCCAAUGGCAGUAGUUGCAAUGAAGAGGUGUCACAGCCCCACUCAAAUGAGGAGUGUUCUUUGAUCCUGGAUUGCAGUGGAUUGACCUUUUUCGACUCAUCUGGAGUUUCCAUGCUUGUCGAGGUUUACAUGGACUGUAAGAGCAAGAAUGUGGAUGUAUUUUUAGCCCAUUGUACAGCUUCCUUGGUAAAAGCAAUGAAGUACUGUGGAAAUCUAGACUCAGAGAAACCAUUUUUUUUUAAAUCGGUAUCUGCUGCAUUAAGUAACAUCCAUUCAAAUAAAGUGAGACAAAAUUUGAGCAAACUCAAUGACCAGAGUGAAGUUUGAGACCAUUCCUGCCGCAGCAUAGCUCUAUCUGUUAGCAGCUGCCCUGAAGAGGCCAUACUGUACUUUGUACAACCUUUUUCAGUUGUUUAGAUCCUACAGAUGAGCUCUAUUACAAGUAUGAUAUGACUUCAUAACCACGGAGUCCUUGUUGAAGAUUUGCCAGCAAUUUUUUUUUCUAAUUUCUGUUAGUAAGUAGAUUCAUUGAAUAGAUUAUUUAUAGUUAUUUUUAUAAAAAUUGAUAUCAUUUAGUUUUAGUGUGCUGAAAGGUAAAUGUGAACUUAUUUCUUUUUCCACAGUAGUUUGUGUUAUUUUAUUUCUUUUUAGUUGUAAGUUAAUUUGUGAAACUGAGAAAUACUUUGUUGUAAGAGCUUUGGAACAUUUGUAAACUGUUUAUAAAAAUCCAAGAUCACCUAUAACUAAUAUACAGAAACAACUUAGCAAAUUGCCAUUUUCCCUUUUGGAAAAAAAUUAAAUAUCAAUAAGGUUAAACAUUAUUUUAUGUGCCAUGAUAUGACAUCACAGAAAAUAAGUCAAACAGAAACAAAUAACACACUAGAAACCAUUGUUCUCCACACCGUUCCAUGCACGGCAGUCUUCAGAAAUAUUUUUACGAUGACUGAUAUCCCAAAAAAAACAAGUUCUUCACAUUAGUCUCUUUUGCUGUGAAUAUUAGAAAUGCUUAGGAAGCCUUAAGACCUGAUACCCCUGAUUUCCACAUCCCCGCUUCAUAAGAGUCUCUGUUUUCAGUUUAAUUUUGUUGGAGCCCAAGAAUGUGGAAAUUGCACUUUUUUUCCCCAAAUAUGAGUUUUAGGUGAGAAACCAUCACCAGUAAAUAGGAUAGUUUUGUGCUAUUCUGAUGUAAGAUUACAGUUGUUUGAUACUUUCCUAUUUCAGAGAGACAGUCAAUAUAACAUAAUACAUCUCUAUAUAUUCAUUUAUGUAUGCUUUUCUUUUUCUUUUGUUGGAGAGCUUAGAUAUGUGAUUAUUUGUAAACCCACCAAAUCAACAGGGUAAUUGACAAACACCAUAGGCCAGACUGACCUAUGUUUCCUUUCAUUCUUGUACAUGUUUUUAUUUGCAUGCAAUUACACUUGUUCAUAUUUUUAUCUGUCAAUUUAAUCUACCUAUUAAGAAAUCUCACUUUCAAAGAUAGGUGUGACUACCUAAUUAUGUUUAAGUCAUAAGGCAUUUUAACUGUUUUAGAAAUUACCACUAUAACACAAAGCCAAACACUUUAAAUGAGUUUGAGAAAUGGGUUGUAAACAAAAUUGAAAGAUAAGUAAUUUAGAUGUUUUUGCGGACAUCUGUAAGAGUAAUUUCUAGUGCCUGCAAAUGUGUGGUUAACAUUCAUGUGGCCCUUAAUUUUAAUAUUAAGUCCUGGGUAGGACAAGGUAGUAAAAUGAAAGGAAAAUAAUAAAUAUUUCAAACUCUUGUAGUUUAUCCAGCCAUUUCAAUGUGGGUUGACAUGAACUAUAAAGAACACUCUGUCCCCAAGAAUCCUCAGUCCCUUUAUCAGUGAUCUGAAUUGGAAUGAGUGAGGCCAGGUUUCAUUCCCGUCAAAUAAUAUACCAAGAAAAGGUGGAGGUAAUAAUUGAAGGUAAAAUUAGCUCAGAGGAAGAAAUUCUACUCUGUCCAAUUAAAUUAUUCUAAUGGUGGAUGGUAACAUUUACUAUCCCUAAUCCAUUGGUCGUUGGUAUGUAAACAUGAGUCAAGGAAAGUUAAAAAAAUAAAAUAUAUUUUUCCAUCUAUAAAUUGAUAUUUUUCUAUGUGACUUUGGUCUAUAAUUAAAUUUAUGUUCUGCAGACAUUUUCUAAUUUGUUAGAGAUCAUGGCAUUAAAAUUAUUAUAUUUAAUCAAUAGAUGGAUUUUUCUAUUUUAUUGUUGAUGCUAACACAGGACUCCUGGAGCAGAUGUAUUUGAAUGCAUUUCAGUGUUUAUAGAAGUUUAAUGGGUAAAACUUAAAAGCCAAAAACUUUGGUGUCCAAUGUUAAUAUUGUCUUUAAAGCAAAGAAAGACCAAAGCAUGUACCAUAUCUAGAACCUGUGUUCUAAGACUUGUUCUGCACACCAAGGUAACAAUGAGUGUUGACCUUGAGAAAGUCCUUGGAAAUGAGUUCUGAGAGGCUGAUAGCUGAAUAUGUGUUUCAGACACACAAAAUUCUAAACCAUAAAUGUUUCCUUCAAAGCAGGCACUAACAGCACAAUGUGGUCUAGAUGCUAGAAUGUUUCCAGUGACACUGAAUGAUUUUCAUGAUAUUGUCUUUUUUUUUACAUGAUUAAAUACUUUCAUAAUAUUUAUUAUGGCAAAAUAAAUUGCAAAAUUAAAACUGACCUACAACAAUGUUAAGGACCUAAUAAACUGACAUAUAUAAAUUAAUAAUAAAAUAUGUAACCAGGAAAAGACUAUUAACUUUACAUUUAUGCAAAAUAAAUGCCUUUAUAAUUUUA